UGUUGUGUUCGGCGGCGCGCGCAGGGACCUGCGGGGUCUGGGCUGCUGGUUCCUGCGUUCCCAACCAUGCCGCGGGGGCGAGAGCCCCGCGGCCCCGGACAGUCGGUGCUGAGUAAAUUCUUCCGGCCGGUGGGGUCCCUGCGCGUGGCCGGGUCCUCAGCGGGCUCCGAGGCGAGCGGCGGCGAGGGGCUCCAGGCUGCGGCUCCGCACACGACUUCUAAGUCUGGCAGAAAUAAGAGAAGAGCUGUUGAAAACAAUGAACCUAGUAAAAAGAGGACAAAACCAGUACAAACUAAUAGAAAGGAAGGCCAUGAUGCAGUGAAGAUUCUUGACGUUGAAGAGCCUAAGAAAUGUGCCAGGCCCUGCAUAUGUGUGAAAACAUUAAACAAACUGAGAGAAUUCUGCAGUGAUUCAAAGCACCCAUGUAACAGAGUCCAGGUGGAUACUUUACGAGGGAGUCAAUCUGUGCACUUGAAAAAAUGUCCGACUUUUGUGGAAGGAACCCUGGAAAUAAAUAGUGCUCUUCAUUGUCAGGACACAGGUUCUCAGAUCAGUGAGAAGGAACAGUCAUGCUUUAGUCUUAAUCAAUUUUCAGCAUCAUGUAAGAGUUUUGAAGGCUCUCAAAAUAUUUCUAAUACAAACCUCCUUAAUAAAAGAACCAAAAGCAUAUACACUCCACUAGAACUCCAGUUCAUAGAAAUGAAAGAACAGUAUAAAGAUGCUAUUUUGUGCGUGGAAUGUGGAUAUAAGUAUAGAUUCUUUGGAGAAGAUGCAGAGAUUGCAGCAAAGGAGCUAAACAUUUACUGUCAUCAGGAUCACAAUUUUAUGACUGCCAGUAUACCGACUCACAGACUAUUUGUUCAUGUACGGCGACUUGUAGCAAAAGGAUAUAAGGUGGGAGUUGUAAAACAAAUGGAAACUGCAGCACUGAAGGCAGCUGGAGAAAAUAAAAGCUCUCUAUUUACUCGAAAACUGACUGCUCUCUAUACCAAAUCUACACUUAUUGGAGAAGAUGUGAACCCCUUGCUGAAGCUAGAUGAUCCUGUAGAUGUUGAAGAAAUAACAGCUGAUGUCUCCGAUAACUAUCUUCUUUGUAUCUGUGAAAAUAAAGAAAGCUUAAGAGACAAGAAGAAAGGGGAUGUUGUCAUAGGCAUAAUGGCAGUCCAACCCAGUACAGGGGAAGUGGUUUUUGACAGUUUUCAGGACUCCUCAUCUCGCUUAGAAUUAGAGAGUCGAGUUUUGCGCCUGCAGCCAGUUGAACUACUGCUUCCAUCAGACUUGUCGGAUCAAUCUGAGAGGCUCAUCAGCAGUAUAACCUCUGUAAGUUUACGAGAUGACAGAAUUCGAAUAGAAAGGAUGGAAAGCAUUUAUUUUGAAUACAGCCAUGCUUUCCAGCUGAUUACUGAUUUUUAUGCAAGAGGAAUGCUUGAUACCACAGGUUCUCAACAACUGUCUAUAAUCCUAAACUUGGAUAAGCCUGUGAUUUGCUCUUUGGCAGCAGUAAUUAUGUAUCUCAAAGAAUUUAAUUUGGAAAAGAUACUUUACAACCCGAGGUCAUCAGAGAUUGGCCACAGGUGGAGAUCGGACACCAGACGGAAUGGAUCCACGCUUGCUACAACAUCUCGAAGAACCAUGGUUACUCUAGGUGAAAUAAAUGCCCGACUUGAUGCUGUGUCUGAAAUUCUCCUGUCAGAAUCCAGUGUGUUUGGUCAUAUUCAGAAUCAUCUGUGUAAGAUGCCAGACAUAGAGAGAGGACUCUGUAGUAUUUAUCACAAAAAGUGUUCAACUCAAGAGUUCUUCUUGAUAGUCAGCACUUUGUCUCGCCUGGAGACAGAACUCCAAGCACUGUUUCCAGCUAUACGUUGCCAAGUGAAAGCUCCUUUACUGCAGAUGGCCCUCUUGGAAAUUCCUGAGCUUCUCUGCCCCGUGAAACAAUACUCAAAGAUACUUAAUGAAGAAGCAGCCAAAACUGGAGAUAAAACCCAAUUGUUCAAGGAUCUUACAGACUUCCCUACUAUCAGAAAGCAGAAGGAUGACAUUCAGAAGGUGAUUUCCCAGAUCCAAUUUCAUCUGCAAGAAAUACGACAAAUGAUAAAGAACCCUCAUGCAGAGUAUGUUACAGUGUCAGGACAAGAGUUUCUGAUAGAAGUCAAGAAUUCACUCUUAUCUUCUGUACCCUCGGAUUGGGUUAAGGUUGGUAGCACAAAAGCUGUCAGUCGUUUCCACUCUCCUUUUAUUGUAGAGAAUUACAGACAUCUGAAUCAGCUCCGGGAGCAGCUAGUCCUUGACUGCAAUGCUGAAUGGCUAAAUUUUUUAGAUCAUUUUAGUGAAUAUUAUCACUCUGUGUUGAAGGCGGUUAGUCACCUAGCAACUGUUGACUGCAUUUUCUCAUUGGCCAAGGUUGCUAAACAAGGAGCCUAUUGCAGACCAGUUGUGCAAGAUAAAGGGGAAAAAAUAAUUAUAAAAAAUGGCAGACACCCUGUGAUUGAUAUACUGCUAGGAGAACAAGAUCAGUAUGUUCCAAACAGCACCAACCUAUCCGGGGACAAAGAAAGGGUAAUGAUAAUUACUGGACCCAACAUGGGUGGAAAGAGCUCCUACAUAAAACAAGUUGCACUGAUCACGAUCAUGGCACAGAUUGGUUCCUAUGUUCCUGCAGAGGAGUCCACAGUUGGAGUUGUGGAUGGUAUUUUUACCAGAAUGGGUGCUGCAGACAACAUAUACAAGGGUCGGAGUACUUUCAUGGAAGAACUAACAGAUACAGCAGAGAUAAUAAGAAAAGCGACCUCAAGUUCACUAGUAAUAUUGGAUGAACUGGGGAGAGGAACUAGCACACACGAUGGAAUUGCUAUUGCCUAUGCUACACUUGAACAUUUUAUCAGAGAUGUGAAAUCAUUGACACUGUUUGUCACUCACUACCCUUCAGUAUGUGAUCUAGAAAAGAUAUACCCAGAGCAGGUUGGGAACUAUCACAUGGCCUUCCUGGUGAAUGAAGAAGAAAGUGAACAACAAAAAGGACCUGAAGAUGAAGAGAAUCCUGAAUUUAUCACUUUUCUUUAUCAAAUAACUAGAGGAGUUGCUGCAAGGAGUUAUGGACUAAAUGUUGCUAAACUAGCAGAUGUUCCUGAAGAAAUCUUAAAGAAGGCAGCUCACAAAUCAAAGGAGCUUGAGGGAUUAGUGAAUAUGAAAAGAAAAAGGCUAAAAUCUUUUGCCAGAAUAUGGAAUAUAAAUGAUUCCCAGGAACUACAAAAAUGGAGUAGUGUGUGUGAAACUGGAGAUGAAUGAAUAGACCAUUUUUAAUGCUUCAGAUCCUACCUAUUUGAAUCCUGUAGUAAUUAACAAAAUAUGAGCAAUUCAAAAUAUACUACUGUACAGAGUAAUGUAUUUGAAUAAUGUGCAAUUUCAUAUACGUUAAGUGGACCGUAUAUCUAUUGGGGGGUUACCUUUUGAAAAUAAGGAACAUUAUAAUAUACUCCACAUUUAAUUUUUAAAGACAAGCUCAUUUUAUGGAAUUUCUCUACCCUACCCUCUUAGUUUAUUAAAAAAAUAAAUAAAUAAGUGCAAAGCGACUAGUUGCAUUUGAUAAAGUUUACAGUGUGAUUAGAAAAUAAUAAUUAUGUUUGUAAAUUGUUAGAAAAUCAUUUUAUUAAAAUAAAAUAA